AUGUAUGUCGAUGAUGUCUUAGCUGGAUUUCAUACGCAACAGGAAUCCAUUAAAGCGAGAAAUGAACUCAUCCAAGCUUUAGAUCCCGCUGGCUUUUCAUUGAGAAAGUGGACGUCAAAUUCCAAAGAAAUCCUAGUUGAUCUUCCACCAGACCAUCUACUCCAUGAAAAAUUCCUUAAACUAGAGGACAACAGUUCAGCAAAAAUGCUUGAAAUUAUUAUUGCUACUGCUGGAAAAACGGAACCGUGGUGGUGGUCGUGGUCGUGGUGGUGGCGUUGGCGUGGUGGUGGACAAACAGGUGGUCGCGGUGGACGCGCUUUUCCUGGUGGUGGCUAUGAGUUGUCUCAAGAACAAUAUCCUCAUCAGCAACAACGACCCCAAGAGCAACCAUGUCCCCUACAGCAACCAUGUCCCCAACAGCAACAAUUGUCCCAACAACAACAGCAAUUGUCCCAACAACAAUGGCCCCAACAACAACAGCAAUUGUCCCAACAACAACAAUGGUGGCAACAACAACAGUGGUAUCAACAGCAACAAUGGCCCCAACAAUUGACAUUUGAUGGGCCGCCACAGCCACAAUAUCCGCUACAGCAACAACCAUUUGAUGGGCCACCACAGCAGCCGCCGCAAUAUAUGCUACAGCAGCAACCGCGGCAACAACUUAUUGCUUUACAUUGGCCCCAACAAUUGUUGGAGCAACAACCGCCGUCGUUAUUUGAAGGGCCACCACAGCAGCUACAGCAACAAUCGCUGCCGCCGAUUAACGAACCGCCGCAACGACCACUGAAGCAACAAGCAUUGGAGAAACAACAGCCCCAGGGGCAACAAGAUCCGAAGCAACAGCACGAGCCAGAUCCGGAGCCCCAGCAACAAAAAGAGCCGGAUCCGGAGCCCCAGGAAUUACAAGAGCCGGAUCCGGAGCCCCAGGAACUAUAAG